AUGUUUUCUAUCAUAAAAAUAGAUGGAAUUUAUCACCGUCAAGAUGGGUCUGAUGAAACCAGUUUUAUAACAGUUCAACUUUAUUUAAAUGAAAAUUUUCAAGGUGGAGAAACAACUUUCCUAGAUUAUUUUGACCGAAGUAGAAAUGUUGCAUGUAAACCACUUACAGGAAUGGUACUUAUUUUCGAACAUCGAAUUUAUCACGAAGGUUCAAUGUUGGAAAAAGGUCGAAAAUAUACUGUUCGUACUGAUGUUAUGUAUCGACCACAAAAUAAAAAUCAAUGA